ACGAACAGCCGGCUUGGCAUUGUGAGACUGUAGAGCGAGCGUAGAUUGGUGUUUGAUAGACGUUGAAAGACGUAGGCCAGACAUAGAGUAGAGACAUAGGGUAGGAUAGCUAUGCUAUAUUCUAUGUAGGGAUCUGUUUUACAGAGACAGUGGGUUAUGACCGCGCAUGCACCAGUAGAAAUCCCGGCAGAGAGCCAUCUAAGCUGCCUUCCAAGAGCCUUCAAAAGGCCAAUGAUCGGAUAUCAACUUCCAUUACCAGUCCUCUCCCUCUCCCUACUCAUUCUCCGCUGGCUAUUUACUCAUCUCUAGCAGUGAAACCUGCCGUUUUAGAUUGCCAUCAAUAGCACUUACCGUAGAAGUCUCCGUGUUUUGCUUGCACCUUCCGUAGAGGCAUGAAAACGACAACGUAGAAGGGUAUAAAGAUGCUGCCAGCGUCUAUCUUCCUCCUCCUCGUUCUCUUCUUCUUCUUCUUCUUCUUCUUCUUCCCAUCUUCAUCAUUAUCCCCUCUCUUCCCUUCGCACUGGAGAUAGGCGACCUCAGAACUAGCCACCAACACGCAAACGCCAUGUACCCGAAAGCAGAGGCAUCGGCCGUUGUUCUGGCUUUUUGAUAUCAUCACUGGCCGUAUUCCCUCAGCCCACUGGUCUCCAACCUGUGUUCUGACACUGAUCAGAUGUCUAGAAGAAUCUCACCGUCAGAACUGGCCUAGCCGCCCUGGCCUGCGGGAGAGGGGAGGGAAAGCGGACUCACCAGGUAAGGACCUCGUCAAGAACACGUCUUGUUUAUGAUGAUGAGCAAGGUAUGAGUUGAGGCCUCUGGCCGAUGAGACUUGAUACUACAUCUGAAUAUUCAUCGCGUGCACCUUUUCCGGGCCGGGUUUUUUCUCGUUUUCCACUCCGCACCUUACGCAGCGCCUCGUCGCUGAUAAAGGAAAAACGCAUAGGUCAACCGAUGACAUCAUAGCAGCCUCAUGACGACAUUCCAGUUCAGUGUUUUGGGGGGUAUUAUUGCGCCUCUCAGAGGUAUUCAGGAGUUGGCCACUUAAAUAGAUAGAAAUACAGAUCCAUUGAUUGAACAAAUGCUCACUAUGUUUUACUGCCAUCGCUUCAGUUAUUCUCUGUGGGCGCGACUUUUUGAAGCCAUUAUUAUUAUUUUAUUGCUCUCUAUGUAUCAAGAAGCCAACACGUGAUUACAGUGUAAUACAACUAGUAACGACUUUCUCCAAUAGCAGGGAUUGCUACCCGUAAUGUCGGUAACAUACCAGCUUUAGCUGCUGAAUAAGCACUGUUAUGAUUAGAAUGGGCAGUAUUCAGCUUAGUCACAUGUAAAUAUCACGUGAUAAAGAUAUUCUCUGAAUCUUUUAGCUUAUGUAAUCAAUGACAACAUAAAAUUGUUAUGAUUGCUGAUAAGAAAAAGUAAACAAAAGCCGGAGGCUCGACAGCUUCCAUCGCAACUGUGAGACAGCACAAACUUCCCUCCGGCCUUCCUCAAUAUCCGCUCGCUUGGUCGAACGAAACCCCAGCAUUCUGGAUAUGCGCCCCUAACCACUAGCCAGGAUACCCAAACCAUGGCUAGAAAAUCCUCCAUCCUCGCACCUACGUCCGCAAGUUUACCAGAUACCUUUCGCAUACCCUCUUCCACAAAUCAGCUGGUAAAGACGUUAAGCAAGCUAUCACGGGCAUCUCUUAUAUCACUAGCUCUCCAAUGGCUAGAAAAGAAAAAUUUGGCCAGUUGCAGCCCCUACCUACUUUCUGAUGAGUCAAAGUCACAAGAGCACGACGAUGAUACGAGCCCCUAUUCACCAGCUCAAAGCGUGGAAGACCUGAAGAUAAUAUAUAAUGAUUUCCAAGGUCAAAAGGGUGGGAAGAGAGAAGUGAUCGAUCGGAUUCUAGAAGGGGAUUGGCGCCAUGGUUUAACGCUUCGGCAGCUUGCGAUGGCAGAUGUGCGACAUAUCGAAGAGCAUCCAUCCAGCCACCGGUGGACAGCGUUCCGAAUAGAUGCAAGCAGCGCAUCAGCAUUAUCACUACCUAGCGACUCUAGGGACAAUGAAGAUUAUACGACAGCUCUUCCGCGCUUCCAGGCUUCCAGCUUUGUUAAAGCUAUGCAGCGUGAAAUAUCACCGCUCGUUAAAGCACAUUACCACAUCCACCGAUUCCAUUCACUCCCCUUAACGCUCGUUCGAAUACUAACCAUCGACUCCCCCUACCAAUUCCCACGCCAAUCUCCUCAUACAUUUAUUGAUAGUUCGAGAUUAAUCUAUCUGGCCUUCCCGGACAGCACACCUUUUAUCUAUUCCUCACUUGUUUUAACUUCAAGCUCGAAAAGGGAUGGGAAUAAUAAUACGUACUCUACCGACACCCGGACAUUACGGCGCAUAAUCAAUGACGCAGUCCCGAAAGCUCUCUCACGGCCCCAACAGCGGUACUCACUUACCUCCACAUCCCUGGCAGCAAAGAGCCUACAUACCUUGCUUACCCUCCGGGGACCCUGGAGAACAACUGGUGCUAAUGGCGCCUUUUCCGUGUUUGCAGAUGCAGUUGUUGAGACGGGGCCCCUGGAGCCCAGGAUAAGCAACACUGCAUUUUUUAAGAAUGGAAACGCCCGAACUACAAAUAAUAAUACAAAUAAGUCAUCAUUGGAUGAUAAGGAAAACCUAAGCCAUUCUCCCACAAAGAGGCAGAAGCGGCCAGUUAACGAGCCAAGAGCUGAUUGUCAAUCUUUGAAGAAACGAAAAAAAGUCAUAAUAUCCCGGUUCGGUACUUCUGGGGACCCAAAUCGUGCCUUGUCAUCUUUCGACUUAAUGCCUCAGCCAUUUCCCGAUCAAACUACUCUGUCAACUGCUACUGACCAAUCCCUACCGCAAAUAACUCCAAAUCCAGCUCUGGAUCGCCUCGAGAUACAACUUCAAGACCCUCCAACACUAGAGCCUGGCCCAUCUCCUCAUCAAACAGUGGUCUCACUCACAUUUGCGGGCUCAGAUGUCGUAGCAGGCCUACGACAGCUGGCAGAAUUGGGUGUGAUUGACCCUAACCGAAUGCCAUCAUGGAUGGCAGGUGAAGAGGGCGUUAGUAGCGCUGUAAUUAGAGGAGGUGUAAUAGUGACAUCAUAA